AUGUCCCUGGGAAUCGCACAAGCAUGGAGAGCCCGAUUGUACCGCACCGGCGUCUCUGGAAUAUCUCUGAUUCCCAGGGGUCCUCCAAGAUGGUCUCGGGCGCCUAUAGCUCAACCACUACCGCCCUCGUAUCGAUGGAUCCACGCAGCUUCCGGAGCUGCAGUGAAGCCGAACCUCGACGAGACCAUCCCUUCCUCUGACUCAAAGGAAGCGGGCGAAAUCAUCGAUCGAAAGACUGCCGGUCCUGCUCCGGAUGCGACUGAAGCAGCCUCAGUGGUUGAAGCUGGGACCCUUGCACCCAAAGGACGGACUGAAGAGAAAUUCCAGACCGAGAGCGGCGAUCGGGCUGCCGAUAUACCUGCCAGAGAUGGGACAAUAUCAAAGCCGAACACUCGAUACGGUCUGCCCUCGACUCGAGACUCGAACUCCCGGGAAGUCUUGCCCAUUCGAAAUGAACCCCUCAAGACAAGUCAAACUGGUAUCUGGAGGAGGACUGCGGACCGACGUCAUGGUCCCCUUGAGAACGGGCCGAAGGGUUUGGAACAGAAAGCAAGAGGGCGACGUCAACCCACGUCGCCAGUACAGCGGAAACACGAGUCGGUUCUUGUAGAGAGCCCUAUCGGAUACAAGUCUUCUCGCGAGACCAUGUCCAGUCUCAAUCGCCAUCACCGGAGCCUGACAAGACAGUCACGGCUGGAGGCUAUUCGAGAGAUCAAGAAAGAACCUGUCGGGAAUUGGCGCGCGAUCCUGGAAGUUCUGAGGCGAUGGACUCGGCCGAUCAAGGGGCCUUGGCAAGAAUGCGCGCGCAAAAUCUCGGUAUGCGAAGACGUUGCGAUGGCGCUUCUUUACAACCCUGACCAAACCAUUUGGGAUAUCCACGAGAGAACAAGAUGUCAUCUUCAGCUACAAUGGGUCCCAUGGAAGAAAUCGAAGGGCGAAAAGUCAUCUUCGGCGAGACCCAUUUUAUUCCUCUCGGGAGACGACAGGGGCAUGGCAAACGCUAUCGCCGAGGUGAGACGAGUUGCCGGUAACUUCAGCAGUGAAGUGGUCGUCACUAGCAGCAACCCGUCACAAACUCCUAGUUCUGAAUCGAUGCCCACGGUGUGGUCGAGUUUAUACAAAGCCCAGCGGCCUUCGAGGAUAAAUACCUACACGCUGGAGACCCCGUUUGAGAAGAUUCCCAAGCCAAUCAUGUGGACUCCUCAGACAUUCGAGGCUUACGUUGCAGCCAUUGCAAAAGCAAAACUAUCUCCGCGUCUUGCGCAGCGCUUUUACGGCUCGGGCGUCGGAGCGAUGACCGCGGCGUUUGAUCUCCUCUGCAACACCUUCAAAGAUGUUACCGCACGCCACGCCUUAUCGACACGAGCCUUCAAAGUGGCUCUCCAGGCAGUAGAGGUUCACGGCCACUCUUAUCGUCACCAUGCCCGCGAUCUUUUUAGCAGCAUGUGCAACUUGAGGGUGCCUCUGGACACCGAAGUUUUCAAUAUACUCUUGAAGGGGACCAUCAUCGUCAAGGAUUUGGGAAACUUUGACAGGGUGAUUUCCCUGAUGGUCGGGAAUGGCUGCGCACCGAACGUUGACACCUGGUGCCUGGUACUUUCAAUGAUGCAAGACUGGCAAGUUCGCCGUCACAUCAUCAAGACUAUGGAUGUAUGCGGGAUGCUCGUCGAACCCGGCGGUCCUCAGCGGAUCGCCAAGGAGCUCGCCGUCUGGGAUGUCCGCCAGCACCAACCUGACUGGACAGGAAUCAAAGACUUUCUCCAGGCUCAGGAGGGUAGGUACGGCAACAAAUGGGCCACGCUGUCGGCUGUGAACAAGAUCCUCACGGAAAUCGGACGUAUGGGCCAUCUUGACGAUGCUCUUGAAUUCCUCGACACCAUGCGCAAUACCUGCGAUAUUCGGCCGAGCACAUUGUCCAUCAAUAUCCUCGUAUACCACGCACGACUCCAGCGCAAACCCGAGGCAGCCAUUUCCGCACUUCGCAGGGCCCACGAGUGGCAGAUCCCGCUGGACGAGACGAUAUACCAUGAGCUCUUCAAGCUUAUGACGGCGCUCCGCAAACCCAACAUGAUGGGUAUCGUCUGGCGAUACGCCUCCCUUAACGGCACAACGUCCUGGGACAUGCGACGGGACGUCUCUGAGCUGAUGAUGCGGACCGGCACUUUCCAAUCAGGCGACGAGGUGGCUAAGGCCACGCUGGACCGGCCAGCCGUGACGGUGACCUUCCACGAAAAAAGCAUGGUCAGGCACUUGGAGGCCACGUUGAAUCCGCUCAAACGGGCCGCAAAAAUCAGCAACCUGCUCUAUGGUUGGAACGAAGGAUGGGGGCCCGCUUUGCCACUCUAUGAAAUUCUUGAGAAGGCAUGGGUGGCCGACAACAGGAUCUACCACGAGAUCAAAGAGGCCGACCGGCAAAAGAAGCAGUACCAGCAGCAGCAGCAGCAGCAGACUAUGUCACCAAAUUCUGGAGCCGGCCCAGCAACACUUCCAGAUGCUGCCGCGCCUUCAGGCUCUCCCAAUCCGGUAGAUAUUGGUGCACUGGCAGAACCCACAUCACCGGCACCAGCCACGCCACCCACGAUUCACAGGGUCACCAAGCGCGGCAUCCCCAUCGUUCUCGAAAGGAAGCCUACGGAGAAACGUGGUGAGGCAGAGCGCAGAACGCUCGAGAUGACCGUUACGCAUAUUUCCACUCAGAAGCCAGUAUUCAUUCGCCCAGACAAGGCAGUAUAG